CGCGCCCCCGCUGCCCUCACAGCAACACAACGCUGGAGUCUGACACAAGAUCUGCAGAAGAAUCUGUCUGGGACACAUCAGCCUGUGACCCGAACCUGAUCGCUUCGAAUCCAUCCACGCACCCGACCGCCCGACCCUCCUCCCAUCCACCCAUCCAGUCCUCCACCUCAUCCUCCUCUCCGGAUCAACAAACUCUUCUGCAUCGUUCGUUCUGCAGCCUGAGCUCCAUGGACCAAUCAUCAUGAGACUCGGCACCAACCCCCUCUCCCUGCUCCUCCCCCUCCUACAGUCCCCGCCCCUCCCUCUGCUCAGCCGCUGCUGUCUGUCCACGCUCUCGACCAAUGGCGGCGCAGCAUCACGCAGGCGCCUCAGCACAGACGGCCCCGCCCCUCGGCCCACGGUCGGUCAGGGCUCGGUGGAGGUGUUGGGCCGGUCCUACCCCCGCGACGACUUCACCAACGUGACGGCAAAAGUCUUGGCCAAGGUCGGCCGCAACCUCCACAACCAACCGCAUCAUCCGCUGUGGCUGAUCAAAGAGCGAAUCAAGGCUCACUUCUACAGCUCCUACAUCGGUCGCUGGGGCAACCCGCUCUUCUCUGUCCAUGACAACCUGAGCCCUGUGGUUACCACGGAGCAGAACUUUGACAGCUUGCUGAUCCCGCCCGAUCACCCCAGCAGGAAACGAGGUGACAACUACUACCUGAACAGAAACACGAUGCUCCGCGCUCACACCUCCGCCCACCAGAGGGAGCUGGUGAGGUCGGGUCUGGAUGCGUUCUUAUUGGCCGGAGACGUGUACAGGCGAGACGAGAUCGACUCCAGUCAUUACCCAGUGUUCCACCAGAUCGAGGGCGUGCGGCUCUUCUCCAACCACGAGCUGUUCUCCAAGGUGCAGAAUGGAGAGGAGCUGUCCCUGUUCGAGGGCGGGGGGAGGAGGACGCCUCAGAAACAGGAGACUCACUCUCUGGAGGCCGUGAAGCUGCUGGAGUUCGACCUGAAACUCACUCUGACUCGACUCGUCACUCACCUGUUUGGAGAAGAUGUGGAGAUCAGGUGGGUCGACUGUUACUUCCCCUUCACUCAUCCCUCCUUUGAGAUGGAGGUGCGUUUCCAGGGCGACUGGAUGGAGGUGCUGGGCUGCGGAGUGAUGGAGCAGGAGCUGCUGAACUCCGCGGGGGCGGGGAACAAGCUGGGCUGGGCCUUCGGUCUCGGGCUGGAGAGACUGGCCAUGGUGCUGUACAGCAUCCCGGACAUCCGGCUGUUCUGGAGUCAGGACGAGCGCUUCCUCAAACAGUUCAGGGUGCAGGACGUCCACCAGGCCGUCUGUUUCCAGUCGCUCAGUAAGUACCCCCCCCUCCACAACGACAUCUCCUUCUGGCUGCCGGAGGGCGGAGAGAGCGAGGCGGGGCGAGAGGGCUUCACGGAGAACGACUUCUACGAGCUGGUGCGCUCCAUCGGAGGAGACCUGGUGGAGAAGGUCUCGCUGGUGGACGAGUUCACACACCCAAAGACCGGUAGGCGGAGCCAGUGUUACCGCAUCAUCUACCGCCACAUGGAGCGAACUCUGACCCAGCAGGAGGUCCGACUCGUCCAUGAGCAAAUUGAACGCUCCGCCGAGAGCGAGCUUGGCGUGCAGGGCAGAUACUGAGACACACACACACACACACACACACACACACACACACACACACACACACAGAGCUGUUAGGCAGCUUCGUCACGUCCUCGGAGCUGUGAUAUUUCGCCGCAGGGGGAAACGUGUUGACUUUAAUACAGACGUCACACUCAGCCUUUGAUGCUGCUGCCGGCGGCUCACACACACACUCGCACACACGCACGCACGCACACACACGCGCACACACACAGACACUGUGUUCUCUCCUCUUCAGGCUGAAACGUCCAAAUUUGACUCCUGUCAUCUUUAAUUUCCAAAAACAUCCUCGUGUGCGUCGAGGUGCCCGUCACAUCCCGCCGGCGGUUUGUGUGACGCUUCAAACCGCCGCGAUGUGUCGAUGCUGACAGCGGUUUUAGAUUCUGUGACGGCAGACCUCAGCGGCUGUUCUGUGAUCAGAGCGGCGUCACUGUCUUUGUUUCAGCAGCUAAACAGAGUAAAUAUAGAGUCGAGUCGACCGGAGCCUCUGCUGACGGCGAGUCUGAGGAACGGACAGAAUCACCAGCGAAGUCAAACAUCUGGAAGAACGGUUAGAAAAGACGACAAAAGGAAACUCAAGUUGUAAUAAACUGUAGAUGUAAACAACAAAGUUCAAGUUCAGGGCGUAUCGUUCUGGCGUCACCAAACCGUAAAGAUUUCUCUUUACCUUGACGAGUCGACUGCAGUAACCGUGGAAACCAAAAUAAAUUAAAGAUACUGUCACCAAACCUUCAGAGAGUUUCCCCAAACGAACCCUCGUCUGAUGACAUCACAGUGACAGUAAACGUCUCACAUGACGCUCACUCUGAGUUUAAAGAAACUGAACUUUUAUUUUGAAGUUUCAUUGUGUAAAUCAGUGAAUUCAGAAAAACAAACCAGGAAGUCAGACUCAGUAAAUUCACCUUGUCGUUAGAGACGCUUGUUUCACUUGAUGUUUAGUUGGUCAGAGUCUGAACUUUGUGUUUCAGCCUGAAGUUUGUUAAUGAUCAAGUGAACAUGAAGAAGAACUCGGGGUGUGUGUGGUUGUCAAGCUCACAAAAACACACAACACACACACAAUCAUAGGGUUAACUGUUAUUUUAUAAAGAUGUCUGUCGCUUUGAAACUGAAGCUGAGUGAUUUAGUUUUUCAGAUAAAAACAUUAAAGCUGUUUGGUCACAUGA